AUGACUUCAAUUGACGUCACGGAAAUUAUUAGAUCGUCUUCUUCGUCGCUGAAUCAUCCCCUUCGAAAAAAACCUCGAUUCGACGAUGGAGAAUCAUCUGGAGCAUCGUCAUCAUCUGCUCAACCACGCCCUGAGGAUAUUCUAGCCGCUCUGGAAGCUGAGCAAUCGAAUUUCGUAGCUCUAGACGAGGCACAAGUGAAAAAACUAGUUAGUCAACUGGAGAAAAAGACCCGAAUAAAUCGAGAACAGCGAGUGAAAAAUCCAGAUGAUCCAAAAAAAUUCAUGGAAUCGGAAAUUGAAUUGGACAAGGCGAUUCAAGAAAUGCACAGUCUUGCGUCGCAACCCGAUUUGUAUGAAACGUUCGUUGAAGUGAAUGGUGUCGAAGUGUUGCUUCAAUUGUUGGGUCAUGAGAAUACGGAUAUUGUUUGUGCUACACUCAGUCUUCUGAGAGAAUUGACUGAUGAUGACGUGAUAAACGAAGGAGAAGAUGGCGCGGAAGAACUCAUUGAGAGCCUAAAAUCAGGAUCAAUCAUCACAACUCUAUCGGCUUGUGUUGAGAGACUAGACGAGAGUAUUAAGGAUGAAGCGGACGGAGUUCAUAACGCAUUAGGAGUCAUAGAUAACAUGAUCGGAUUCCGAGUGGAGAUCACUGAAGACUGUGUGAAGCACGGAUUCAUGGUGUGGCUUCUGAAGAGAUGUUUCCAGAAAGGCGCAUUCGAUGCGAACAAGAUGUUUGCUUCGGAGCUUUUGUCUGUGAUUUUACAGUCUUCUGACAACGCAAAAGCAAAGUUGACAGAGAAAGUGGAUGGAAUUGAUAUUCUAUUGAGAGCCAUUGCUGUAUUCAAGAAGAACGAUCCGGCGAGUGUCGAUGAGAGGGAAUACAUGGAGAACUUGUUCAAUUCACUAUGCGCUUCGCUUAUGCACCCGCCAAAUCGAAAAAAGUUCCUGGAUGGCGAAGGUUUGCAAUUAAUGAAUUUGAUGCUUCGUGAGAAGAAACAGGCUCGUCAAAGCGCUUUAAAAGUUCUGAACCACGCUACUUCUGGAGAGGAAGGAAUCGAGAAUUGCAACAAGCUGGUGGAGAUGUUGGGACUUCGAACAAUCUUCCCACUUUUCAUGCGAACACCAUCGAAGACCAAGAGAAAGGAUACGACGCCUGAUGAGCACGAGGAGCAUGUUUGUACCAUACUUUCCUCUCUGUUGGCAGCAUGCUCUGAGACUCAUCGACAGCGAAUUGUGCAAAAGUUCGUGGAGCAUGAGCACGAGAAAGUUGAUCGAGCUGUGGAGCUUUUCUUGAAAUACAAAGAAAAGGUGCAGAGAUUCGAGCUGAAAAAGAAGCGCCAAGCCCAGGAGCCAUCCACUUCCGAAGAUGACCCAGAUAGUGCCUAUUUGGACAAAAUGGACAACGGGCUUUACACUCUUCAACGUCUCACUCUGAUUCUGGGAGAGGUGGCAGUGUCAAUGGAAUCCGCGAGGCUGCGCGAGGAGAAGCUGUUCCAGAUGAAGUUGAGCAACAAUCGAUUGGAUAUGCUGUUGGGACCCAUCAUCCAAGAGUACGCCGAUAAUUUGGGUGAUAAUGCCACGUUGGAACAGGAGAGAGUCAUGGUCAUGCUUACGAAGAUUGAAGAAUUCUAUAAAUAA